UAGAGGUAAAACAAAAAAUCACCAAAUAAUUGCAUAACUUAAAAGAUUUUACAUUUAUUAAAAAUAAAAAAUAUUAGAUUAGGUUAGAGAGUCGGACUCGUGACCAGAAGUUUGCCGGUUCGCAGGGCCGGCGGGUAACGACUGAGGUCCCUUACCCCUACUUGCUCCACGGGUGCUGCAGUGAUAGCUGCCCACUGCUCCGGGUGUACGUGUGUUCACGACUUGCUGUGCAUGUGUUCACUACUCUCUGGAUGGGUUAAAUGCAGAGGUCACAUUUCGGGUAUGGGUCACCAUAUCUGACUAAUAGGUCUCUUUCACUUUCACUUCACUUUUACUUCAUAUACAGAACUGAAAGUCUCCCUGAGAUUCAGAGGUCACCGUAAAAAACGUAUACAUAGAGCACUUACAGUACUUCGUAAUGAUGAAAGCGGAUGGUAAAGUACAAUGUGAGUGCAGGCAAAAGGGGGAGUGGGGACAAUCACGUUAGGGCACGGUUGAGAGUAACCGGGCUAAAUGUGUGUGCGCCCUAAAUCUUCUCCUACAUAAGGUGUCUUUCAGAGUGCGCUUAAAACGUACUUGUUUUCUCUAGAUUUUGACAAUGCUCCUUAACUGUGUAUGUUAUAUGUUGGUGUUAUCUUUUAUUUAUCCUUUUUAUUUUAUUAUUAUUAAUUUACAUUUAGUUUUGUAUUAUUUUUCUCUUCAUUUUCUCUGUACAGCACUUUGGUUCCAGCCAUGGUGUUGAAAGGGCUUUAAAAAAGUUUAAAGUUUAUAAAAAAAGUAUAUAAAUGAAGUUGAGUUGAAUUGUGAAUACAGAUUAAGAACCCCAACUCUUACUUCUCUUUUUUGUCAACAAAUCUAGAACUGUUUUUGUUUCGUAUAUGGCUGUGGAUAGUUUUACCCUAUGCAUAGCUGAGUCUGUUUAUUGUUUUGGUGCUCAGCGAUGUUAAUGUGAGGAUGAUUGUUUUUUGUCUUCCUUGAAUUUAGUUUUCUGCUGAGUCAAUAAGUCUGUAAGGUUGCUAAUCAAUUUUUUGUUUCAUUCAUUUUAUGCAUUUUUAAAACAUACAUUUGCUGUACAUUUAUUUAAAAUGUUAUAUUUACAUUAAGUUUGCUUAAUGGGAUUAGCUCCUCCAAGUGUGACCUCGUUGAAGAUGAUAGAAAUGACCAAAGGCGACACAUUGUAUACAAUAUUUAAUAUAAAUACACACAUACAUCUCAUUAACAUAAAUUAUUCCCAACUGUCAAUACCAAAAGCACAAAUUGUCAACUUGGGUGGCAAACUAUUUCCUAUGCCUGAACCUAAAAUUGGUGUAAGUUUAAAAUUUCUGUAACAAUUUGUGUGUAAAAGAUUAGUCUAACUACUACAAAACAUUACACCAUUGUUUUUCGUAUGGGUUUAGAAGUUUUUUUUGUUGUUAUAACACAGUAAAGUAAAAGGAAAGAAAAGUGAGAAACAAGCUUUGAAUGUAAUGCAGGCCAGAUUAUAACUUUCAUCCAUCCAACCCAAUUUGCCACAGUGCCACCAUUAACUUUUGUAAAAAAAAUGUACACUGUUCGAGUCUAAAUGUUAUUUCUAAAAUAAAAGGCAAUAAAUGGCGGAGAGCAGUUAAUUAAAAUUUGUAAAUAUAUAAGUCAAUUAUUUUUACAGAAAGAUUUAUCUUAUUUAAAGAUAUAGACAAAAAAGCAGGAAAAUGUAAGAUAAAGAAAGUGUUGGCAGAUGAGAGUAAGAUUAUUUCAUCAGAGAGCUUUUGUUUAGUUUUUCUCUCUGUUUGCUUUUUUAGAUGGGAAACACUAAAAGCAUUAUAGUUUGUUAUAACUUGAGCUGCAUGUGGAGCUGGGUGGGAGUGGAGAGUUGCACAAGGUUGCAACUAGGGGUGGGGGGUAGGCGCAGAGUCCCAAACCAUUUCCAUACACACUAUUAUGAGAAACAUACGGUACUCUGGUGAAGACAGACUUGUGAACCACCACCCCCCAUUACCCCCUCUCAAAACACACACACACACUGGUCUUCCCUUCGGCAAAACAUACAAAAACUAUUUUUUCUGACCCCCUUUUCUUCUUUCACUCCUACCCACUUUCCAUCUAUCUCACUCACUCACUCCCUCCUUUUCUCUCUCUCGAAAAUCAUGAGCGAGAUUGCAAGUAUUAAGCUUAGGCACAGAUCUCCACUGGAGAGGACAGGGAAAGCAAAGCAGUCCGAGAAAAGGCUGAAUACAUGUACAUAAAAAAAGAAAAAUGGGUUUCUAGAGCAUUAAGUCCUUUCAAUUAUUACACUGAGACGACAUAAAGAGGGAAAAAAACUAAAACAAGUGAGUUUGCUGAGCUGAAAAAUUAUGGGCUGUCAGGUUCAAUGUGUUGUUCUAUUUUCCUCACUACUGUGCCUCUCUGGGGUCUGGACUCAGGACUUGAGACAGCGGGACGCACUCUGCAGUGAGGAUGGGUGCUAUAUGCUCUACUUCCAGCGCAAGAUCUUCUUGGAUGCCUGGCGGAGCUGCAAAGAACUGGGAGGUGACCUAGCUACAAUCAAGCAGCCAAAAGAAGCAGAAAUGGUGGAGAGGCUUUUCUCCAAUGUGGAACUGAGACCACACCGUAGAGGCAAGGUGCAAAUUUGGAUUGGCCUUCAGAGGCAGCCUCGACAAUGUUCCCCCACCCGGCCACUCCGUGGCUUCUCGUGGGUCACCGGAGAUCAGGACACUCAGUACACCAACUGGCUACAGGAGGACUCUGCAAAUAGCUGCUCAUCACCUCACUGUGUGGUGAUCAGUUACGGCACCGCUCCCCACAAUCAAGGGAAUAAUCUAAAAUGGGAGGAUAGAACUUGCUCAGUUUCAGUGGAUGGCUACCUGUGCAAGUAUACCUUUCGAGGCAUGUGCACAAGUAUUACCAGUGAAGGAGGUGGUAAUGCACUUUAUAGUACCCCUUUUAAUCUGCUGAGUACUGUCUUAACACAUAUCCCAUUUGGAUCAGUUGCAACCGUACCAUGUCCUGAUAAAGAAGACCAGUCAGUGGUGUGCACACAAAAGAAAGAUGGAUCUAUUGAUUGGAACAGGGAUCCUCCUGUGUGCUCUGUUGCACCCAAAACAAGCUGGUGUGAUAAGGACAACGGAGGUUGCCAUCACCUCUGCAUUGAGGAUAAGGCACAUUACUACUGUGACUGCAAUGAUGGCUUCCUUCUGGCUGAGGAUGGGGUAAGCUGCUUUUUGUCUGACCCUUGCAAUGAGUCUCCAUGUGAAUUUGAGUGCCUGCCAGUAAUGGACAGCUACCGCUGUGCUUGUCCUGAUGGCUCCAUGUUAGCACCUAAUGAACAUGACUGUAUUGAUGUAGAUGAAUGCUUACAGAGGCCCUGUGAGCAAAUAUGUGUAAAUGCACCUGGAACCUUUAAGUGCCGCUGUAGAGAGGGCUACCAGCUGGAUGAGGACGGUGUCUGUGAGGAUGUGGAUGAGUGUGUGGAUAACCUUUGUGAGCAUGCCUGUGAGAACACUUUAGGCUCCUAUAUUUGCCAUUGCCGUCUUGGUUAUGCCCCAUUGCAAGAAGAUCAGAGUCGCUGUUGUGACAUUGAUGAAUGUCAAAUUGAAGGAACCUGCGAGCAGAUGUGCAUAAAUUAUGAAGGAGGCUUUGACUGCUACUGUGAAGAAAGUUAUAAUCUUCAACCUGACCAAUAUUCCUGCAGACCCAUUGGUGAGAAAUUGGAAAAUCCCACUACCACAGAAUCCAACCCAUGGAUUACACGCAACCCUAUUUGGGAAACAGAGGAUUCUAUAUACCCAUGGAAUCAUGCAAAUGAGUCUGAUUGGAGAGAAUCUCUGUACUGGCAGACAGAGACACCUAAUGUAAAGAUUCCAACAGACCUUCUUUGGCUCACAUGGACAACUGAGAAGGAACCUGAAAUGAACACACCUAUUGAAACUCCCCCUGAGGUCAAUAAUGCUGGUAGCAGUGACAUAAAUCCAGAAUACCCAGUGCCUAAUGUAUUUUUUUCACCGACCAUUUCAACACUCACACCAGAUUAUUUUGAGGAUGAGAGCACCACAGUUCCCACGGUCAGUCCCUCCUCCACAUUUGCAGGCGGAGCUUGGAAUUGGCUCUGGUUCAGCUCAACCCAAACAGUGCCUGAGACACAAGGAACAGCAAAGAACCCUAUUGACUUUAAUACAGAAUAUGAUUCUUAUGAGCAAGGCAAUGACUAUACAAAAAGCUUUGAUAAUGAAUUGGCUACAAUUAGCCCAGAUAAGCAAAUAUCCACCCGGUUUCCAAAGCAAGAAACAGAGAAAGGCAAAAGUGAUUAUAACAACAAUAAUGAACAAAAAAGCAGCUGGUUAUUGGUCGGACUGCUAGUGCCACUUUGCAUCUUCAUUGUGGUGAUGGUAGUACUGGGCAUUAUAUAUUGUACCCGGUACACAGUUAAGCCACAGAACAGAAAUACUAGUGAUUUCUACCACUGGAUUGCUGGUGCUGGUGACAAAGCGGCUGCUGAAAUAUCCAGCAGUGGAACUAAGUCCCAUGUUUAAGCAGGAAGUUUGUAAUUGGGCAGUAUGAAAAUUUAAAUAAAUGUUUGGUUUAAAAAAUGUUUUUCUACAAGGAAGUAAAUGAAUUGUGUGUUUGCAUCCCCCUGUGAUAUUUCCCAUCCAUAAUUCUUUGGAUGAUGUAAAUUAUCUGCUAAGCGGAAAGGGAACCAGGUGAGCGGCAAAGAGGAAUGACUGAGCCUUGAUUUCUGCUGUCCAAGAUGCGAUAUAAAUGGUUGUACUGUAGCUUACUGACCUCUUAGUUUGCAAAAGAGUUGCUCAACAGUGCAAACAAAAGUGCAUACUUAAUUGAUGAUGAUACUUUAGCCUGGUUGAGUAAUGCUGGUUAUAUACAGUAUAUAUAUUUUAUUUAAAGGUACUAUACCAACAAAUCAUGUCUUAAGAGAUUUGUUGUAUAUGUAGCAAUCGUUUCUGUUUCUAUUUUGACAAUGUGAAUGGUCUGAUCCAGACCCAGAAAAAUCCACUGCAAAUGAUACUGUAUGUUGGAUGUGUUGAAAUUUGAUGUCAGCAAUUUAUGCCUGACUAAAAUGCAUUUUAAGCAUUGUCAUUUUGAUAUCAGUGAUUUGAAUACACUAAAGACUUAAUAGGGAGACUUACUGUGCUUUAAACUAUCUUUUGCUUCUGAAUUUACUUUUUACAUUUUUCAUUAAUUUGCUCAACAAGCAUUGUUGCAUAUUUUCUUUAUGUUGUGACAUACAAAUAUGUCUUCUGAUGUUAGAGUACAUCUAACGUUGUUGCUGUUUAACAUAUAAUGUGUCAAUGACAAAACAAGCUUAUAAAAACAUAUAUUUUUUUAAUCCUUUAAAAAUUUAUGUAAUAUGUUUUUGAAUAUGUUUAGACAAGUUUUGUUUUUUGAAUAACAUUUCAAUGCAUGUAAAAGCAUUUUUUGACAGGCUUUUUUACUUCCCCAUCCAAAAAAUGUCAGGUGCUACAACCAGAGAUACUCUUAUUAUAGAGAUGGGAUGGUCUGUAAUGCUUCCAAUUGGAGAACCCGUAAUGGCUAACAAAACCCAUUGACAUCCAUUCAAAAAACUAGCAUCCGGUCUCCUUUCCUGUGUUCCGCUGAAGUCAGGGCAUUAGCAUUAGCCGUUAUGCUUUUUUACCUAAUGUUUGCAGGCUUUCCUUUUAAACGGGCUUUGGUACAACCAAAUUGUUAACCAAAUUUCAAUCACUUCCUGGCUGCGCCACCUGACUUUUGCAACUAAUAUAUUUUUGACAGGCUUCUACUGGGAUACCUGUAUUAGCUUUUGCUUGUGCUACCAAGUUCUUAAAUACAAUUUGUAUUACUUUUAAAAGGUGUUUCACCAGCAUACCUAUUACAUGUAUUUGCUUAUUUUUUGGUAUUUGAGAGAAAACUGCAAACCUUUUCAAGAAUCCAAAAGGACAACUUGGGGUCCUCUCAUAUUUACUGUUACUACUUUCUCAAUUCUUAAUAAAGUCUAAUGUUUGUGGUUGCACCACCCUGACAUUUAAGAACAUCCACAUUGCUGGACAAAAGUUUUUCAAUUAUUUCAACAUCUUAACAUCUUAAAAAACUAUUGGUAUUUGUGAAAUUUGUUUCUAAGAAAGGUUUGAAUAUACACUUGUCAUUGUACCUUGUUUUUAUAUGACAAAAACUUCUUUAAUAGUUAUCUAAGGGGCUGUUUACAUUUCAUGUCAUAAAACUGCAAGCAAAACGCUCUCCAGGGGCAUGUUCAAGCUCAAACCGGUGCGCAACAUUUUGCAACGACACGUUUCCUGGAAACGGUAUGCAACGAUGUGCAACUCUUGCGUCAUCACAACAGGGUGUUAAACUGCACCACCAUUUCCAUUUAAAAAACAUUUUGCAACGUUUUGUUGGGGCUGAACGCAAUGGUUUAAGCUUGAACGUGCCCCAGGGCAACAUUCAGCCCUGACAAAACAUUGCAAAACGUUUUUCAAACGGAAACGGUGGUGCGGUUGAACACCCUGUUGUGAUGACACAAGAGUUGCAACUAUGGCAGCUGAGAAGGCCAUAAUUGUUUGUGCUCUUUUUGAAGAAUUUUCAGAGCCUGAUUACAGUUUUUUUCAACUGCUUACACACAAAAUGUUUACUUGUCACACAAUUUCUGAAACCUGACACUCAAACACCAGAACCACACACCAAAUCGGCAAAACCAUACACUAAUUCUCAACCUUUGACUCAGUUUUCAGUUUCAUAAAACACUUUUUGCAAAACACAACAUUCUCUAUGUAACACACAAAAAUCUUACAGGAAGUAUAUUGAUUUCCUUUUUCAAACACAACCAAUCAAAAUUCCACACUAAUACCUCAGUGCCUCACACUAACUCACAUGUGCAAACACACAUUGCUUUACCUAACACCAACCAAUCAUGGCUUUAGAAGAGGCCUAUAAAUAGGCCAAGGGUCAAGUUAUAGGUUUUGAACAAUGGAUGCAAACAAUGUAGACAGAGUAGGGGGAGUUAGAGGGAGAGCCAGAGGACGAGGCAGAGUUCAAAUUAGAGGAGGAUGAGUCGGAAGAGGAGGAGGACAAGGAACAAGAAGUGUGGUCUCAAAUGAGAUUAGGGCCAAAGUCAUUGAUCAUGUGAUAAACCACGGUUUACUGUAACAACGAGAGAGGCUGUACAGAGAGUCCAGCCCAAUUUGAGUCGAUUUACAAUAGCAAGUAUAAUUCGAACCUUUAGAAAUGAGAACAGGUAUGUAACAAUCUACUGUUAUGUACACAUGUUCUAAUGUACACAAACAGUAGGCUAUAAUAUAUAUACAUUAUUUUACAGUAGUAACCUUGCAUUCAUUUACUGUACUACAGUGCACUGCAUUGGUCACAGUCUGGUGAGGUAUCACACUGUACAACAGUACAGCCAACUGUAAGAAGACAUUCUGACCAUAUUGUAAAAAAUAGUAUAUUAUGUUACAGUUUAUGGCACACACUCGCACUGUUCCUGAAUCUUCUACAGAGUGGAAAGGCGAAGGUUUCAUGGUGGGCGAGGUCACAUGUCCACUGAAGAGCAAGAGACGGCUAUCGUGAAUUUGGUUUUGGCCAAUAAUGCUAUUAGAAUUCAUAAAAUAUACGCAACCAUAUCCUUAAUGAUGCCACAAUUUUUGCGAGUCCCUCAACAAUACAUCGUAUCCUCCAGAAUUUUGUUUUCGUACUGUGUACAGUGAUACUGUAUUCACAACCAGCAAAGAAAUAAAUAAACACAGGAAAUAAAAAGUUUGCUUUCAAUCUUGCUUUUGUUUUUACAGUGAAUUUUAAACAUCUCUCUGCCAAUUUCUUUCAAUCUUGUACAGAGAUGUAGAGAGGAGCUCAUGAACAAAGAGCUUUAGGUUUUGAAUAACUGUGUGUACAUGAUAUAUCCCAAAAUAUAACAUUACGGUAAAAGUGUUUGCAAUAGAAGACAAAUGUUUGCUUUUGAAAUGUGUUUGUGAUAUUUUUAAUGUAGUGCUUCAUUUUGCAAGAGAUCUGAGGCAUUUUGCAUUUUGUGUGUACAAUUCUUGGAUUUGUGAGUAAAGUUUUGAAAAAAAAGAGGCAACUUUUUGAAAAUGUGAGUAAGCAGAUAAAAAAAAGUAUAUCGGUAUAAAUAUGUGUUUAAUACUGCAAAAUGCAUGUCUUCUAAUAUCUUCAAUUGUUGCGUAUACCGAGCUACAGCGGACACAUUUGUAAACGACUUUACUUGGACCUAUUGUGCGAGCUGUCUCUUUAAUUCCGUGUGGUUUAUAUACAUGUUGCUGCUGAUUGGGCUGACAUUUUUGGCAUACCCACUAAACAAGAGAACACGUAUCUCAAACCCUGUUGCACACCGUUGCACACCAUUUCCAGGAAACGUGCCGUUCAACCCGGAAACCGUUGCAAAACAUUGCGCACCGGUUUGAGCUUGAACGUGCCCCUGCCUGGUCUCUGUCAUUGCUAAGCAACCAUGGUCACCCUUGCUGUGAAGACGAGGAGGUUUUAACAAAGGGUAUAUGGAUUGGAACAUGGCGCACAUAUACGUACUGAAAAUUUGCACUUGCAAUAUCUCUGCUACUAGAUUUAUUUAUGCUGUGACUCCACCUUCGCUGAGCUUUUCUAUGUUGUUGCAGAGAAGUCCCCGUGAACCGGAAGUUGCGAUUGUUUUUGACACCUUUUGAGUAGAAAUGCAUAUUGCAUUUUUUUGCAAUUAAAACUCCCAUAGUCCAUAACUACUGUAGUUUUAACCUUUUUUAAUAUAUAAAUGUAGUUAAAUCAUCAAACAUUUGUAUGACUUGCCAGUGACUUGCUUGACCCAAGCUACGACUUGACUUGAAUUGCUUGACAUAAAGCAGUGACUUGACUUGCUUGAUUCUCACAAAAAUUGACUUGGACUUGCUUGAGACUUGAAGGCUAAGACUUGAUACUUACUCGUGACUUGCACAUGUGUGACUUACUCCCACCUCUGGUAAGAAUAUGUAAGCGUACAGUACAUGCUAACUUAAUUCACCACUUUAAUUUUCUAAUUUAUUUAUUUUAAUAUAUGUUUUAUGUAUUUGCUUUUCUUACUUUCCAGUAAGAAGACAUGGCCACCCACCUGGGAGCCUGACGAUCAUGUUCAGAUUACACUUACUACAUGUUAAUUACGUUAUCGGUAUAAAAUGGUGCUAGAUAGCACUGAAAGUGGUUCUUUGGCUCAAUCAUGGGGAAACCACUUUUAGUGCUAUAUAGAACCUAUUGUGCCUACUUUUAGUAGAACUUCUUUUGGUGCUAUAUUUCUUUCUAAAAGUGGUGAUUACGAGCCAAAGAACCACUUUUAGUGCUAGAUAGCACCAUUUGUUUUUAGAGUGACAUAAUGACAGUUUCUGUUGUAAUGGACAAAUAAAGGUUUAUGUUUUUAACAUGUUUAACUUUGUCUUCCAUUUAUAUCUGUCUUCCAUUUACAUGUUUUGACCUUUAAAAAACAUAAAAUGCAUGUCUUAAACAUUCAGGUGCUGGAACUUAUCCCAGCUAUGUCAUUCCCAAGGUAGAGAAUUUUCAUGAACACAUAAGCAUUUUAAAAUACAGUAUAAGCAGUGUUGCUGUGUAUGUACAGUAUAAUGCAGUAGUUCUCAACCUUUUCAUGGUCCCCCUGUAAACCCAUUUAAAGAACUGGCGCCCUCCCCCCAUACUGUACAUUGAAGAUAGAUAAGAUAAUGUGUAAAAUAUCGUAUACCUGUAUAUAUAUAUAAAGACGCAAAAAAUACUUGUAUAUCACGGAUUGAUCAGAUUAUAAAUGUAACACCCUGCUGAUAAAAACCAAAGAAACCAUCACAGAAAUGUAUGGUUUCCAUUAAAAUACCACUGUGACGUGGAACACUCUGUCAUGGCUCUGCUUCAUUUAGUCAUGUUUUUCUUGGUCCUGUAGCAGAGUCAUGACAAAGCCUUUGGUUAUGUGUGGAGAGAAACAUAUUGUUGUCCUUUUGACAAUAAUGUACGUUCUCUCCAGUGUCUCGUCUCUGUUCCCGCCAUCUCGUUUCCUCGUUAUCCUUCCCUGAGUGUUUGAUUGACCACACCUGCCCCAUGUCGUUAUCCCUUGUUUGUCUUUCCUUUAAAUACCCUCUUGUUUCUUUGUCCUGUGCUCGUGCAUUGUAUAUUGUGUCUUUGGUGGCGGUCCUUGUUUAUUGUAUCCUGU